AUGGCGCGCCGCCACCUCCGCAUCCCGCUCCUCCCGCUCCUCUCCCGCAACCCCCACGCCCCCACCCCGCUCCACCUCCGCCAUGCCCUCUGCUCCUCCACCACCGCCACCGUCGACGCCGCCGCCCCGGCCAUCGACCAACCAACCCCCACCGCCUCCACCGGCGACACCCCUGCCGCCGCCGCGGCGGCGGCCGAGGUCGAGCCGGCGGUUGAUUCGCCCCCGCCCCGCGCGCCCCGGGAGGAGGAGCCCCUGCAAGACACGAUCUUCACCAUGAUCCGGCGCCGCAAGUGGACGACCCGGAUGGAGAACUCGAUCCGCCUGCUGUCCCCCACGCUCACGGCCCCGCUCGUGCACGGCGUGAUCUCCGCCGCCGCCGCCAACAACCGCGCCGACCUCGCGCUGCAGUUCUUCCGCUUCGCGUACCGCCGGGCGGGGUUCCGGCCGGAGCCGGCCACCUUCGCGCUGCUGGUCCCGAUCCUGGCCUCCAACCGCAUGCUCAACCACGCGCGCUGCAUCCUGCUCGAGACCAUGCCGGCCUUCUCCGUCGCGCCCGGCGAGGCCACGGUGGCCGCGCUCGUCGCGGCCUACGGCAAGGCCGGGAUCCCGCAGGAGGCCGUCAAGCUCUUCCGCCUCAUGCCCGAGCUCGGGAUCACCCGCACCGCGCUGUCGUACAACGCGGUCCUCAAGGCCAUCCUCUGCCGCGGCCGCGAGGCCAUGGCCCGGCGGAUCUACAACGCCAUGGUCGCCGACGGCGUCGCCCCGACCCUGGCCACCUACAACACGCUCAUCUGGGGGUUCGGCCUGUGCAAGAAGAUGGAGUCCGCCGUGAGGGUGUUUGGGGACAUGAAGACUCACGGGGUCACACCUGACGUGACCACCUAUAACACCCUGCUCAAUGCGUGGGUGCGGACAGGCGAUCUGGAGAGUGCGCGGAAGGUGUUCGAUGAAAUGGCUGAAGCUGGCUUUGAACGGAACUCGGUCUCGUACAAUGUCAUGAUCAAGGGGUAUGUUGAGGCGAACAAGGUUGAGGAGGCGGUGGGGCUGUUCACGGAGAUGGGGGAGAAGGGGCUGAGGUUGAGCGAGAAGACGUUUGCUGCAUUGAUGCCAGGGCUUUGCGACAACGAGGCGAAGGCUGCUGAGGCCAGGAAGGCAGUGGAGGACAUGGCGGAGCGACGGCUCACGCCCAAGGACAAAUCAGUGUUUCUGAGGCUUGUGACGACGUUGUGCAAAGCUGGGGAUUUGGAUGGCGCGUUGGAGGUGCACAAGAAGAGCGGGCAGUUCAAGCAUGUUCUGGUGGAUCCGAGGCAGUAUGGUGUGCUGAUGGAGGGCUUGUGUGCAGGUGGAAAGUGUGACGGUGCUGUCGAGGUGCUCGAUGAUCUUCUUGAGAAGGGCACUCUGCUUAGCCCAAAGAGCCCGGUGUUGGAGGCACCGGCUUAUAAUGCAGUUAUCGAGUACUUGUGCAACAAUGGGAAUACCAGCAAGGCUGAGACGUUCUUCAGGCAGCUGAUGAAGAAAGGCGUGGAUGACAAGUCUGCGUUUAACAGUCUUAUCCGUGGUCAUGCAAAGGAAGGUGCUCUGGAGGCCGCACAGGAGAUCCUCGCCAUUAUGACACGGCGCGGUGUCCCUACUGACCCCCAUUCGCAUGCUGUGCUUAUUGAUGGCUUCCUUAAGAAGAAUGAGCCUGCUGAUGCAAAGACAGCGCUGGACAGCAUGAUGGAACAGGGGCACUUGCCGAGGCCGGCUCUGUUCCAGUCUGUCAUGGCAGCUCUUUUCAAUGAUGGUCGUGUUCAGACUGCUAGCAGGGUCAUGAAGACUAUGAUCGAGAAGGGGGUUACCGAGAACAUGGACAUGGCGCACAAGAUUGUGGAAGCACUCUUCAUGAGGGGCCAUGUGGACGAGGCCAUUGGUCGUGUCAAUCUGAUGGUGGAAAAUGUCUGUAUGCCUGAUCUAGACAAGUUGCUAGUUGCCCUUUGCCAGAAGGACAAAGUGGUGGAGGCACAUAAGCUAGCUGAUUUUGCAUUAGACCGGGACUUUGAAGUUAGCUUCUCCACCUAUGACAGAAUCUUGGAAGCCCUGUACACUGAGGAGAAGACAUUGCCAGCAUACUCCAUGCUCUGCAAGAUCAAGCACAAAGGAGGCGUUGUGGACCAAAAGGGCUGCGAUGCUUUGAUGAGUAGCUUAAAAUCUGGAGGAUACUCAAAGCAAGCUGACAUUUUGUCUAGGAUCUUGGCGGAGAGUGGAUCAUCAACAUCCAAGAAGGGCAAAAAGUUUGCCAUGGGUGCUUAGCGAGUUUUCUGGAUUCAUGGAAAGAUCCUAUUUUCAGUUUGAAGUGAACAAAACAGCAACUUGUUUCUUUUGUUAAUGCUUGUUAAGUCAUCUUUCAAAUGAGGAUUUUCAUCCUAGUCCUAGGUGACAAGAAGGAUAGGUAAUUUUACCUUUUCUCUCUAAAUCCCUGAUUUAAUCAUGUACCAUGUCUUAGAAAAAACACAUGUUCAAUAACUGAGGCAGAUGUACUUGUCAAUUUUGUUGAGAAAUUACAACUACAACUUGCUGUUACUCCAUUUGUGAGUGGGUGUACUAAGGACAAUCCCAGAAUUAUGGUUUUGUUUUGGCAUGAUA